CGGGCGGGCGGUACCAUCGCGGCUGGAGAGGGGGGGAAGGCGCCGGGCGCCAGCAGGCCCCCGUGGGCUGCGGCGGCGGGGGGGGCUUGGACAGAGCUCCGUGUCCCUCACUCCGGGUGUAUUUACCGUGUUUUCUGCGUGUUUUCUGUCAGUAACCGGAGGAUGAAGGGAUGGCAGCUCGGCGCGCGCUGAAAGCUGUCUUGGUAGAUCUCAGCGGCACGCUUCACGUUGAAGACUCAGCUGUGCCAGGCGCGCAGGAAGCUCUUAAAAGGCUCCGGGGUGCUCCGGUUACCAUUCGCUUUGUGACCAACACAACAAAAGAGUGCAAGAGAGACCUGCUGGAGAGGCUGACGAAACUGGGAUUUGACAUCGCGGAAAAUGAGAUCUUCACAUCUCUGACAGCAGCCAGAAAUCUCCUGGAGCAAAAGCAGGUGCGGCCUCUUCUCCUGGUGGAUGAUAAGGCCUUGCCUGAUUUCACAGGGAUAGCCACUAAUGACCCUAAUGCAGUGGUAGUAGGACUGGCUCCUGAGCACUUUAACUAUGAGAUGAUGAAUAAGGCGUUCCGGUUGAUAUUGGAUGGUGCUCCUCUUAUAGCUAUACAUAAAGCCAGGUAUUUCAAGAAGAAGAACGGCUUGGCUCUGGGACCUGGGCCUUUCGUAACUGGCCUGGAAUACGCAACAGACACCAAAGCUACGGUGGUGGGGAAACCAGAGAAAACGUUCUUCUUAGAAGCUCUACGAGGGACUGACUGUGCCCCAGAGGAGACGGUCAUGAUUGGUGAUGACUGCAGGGAUGAUGUUGGAGGGGCCCAGAACGCUGGCAUGCGUGGGAUUUUAGUGAGGACCGGUAAAUAUCGACCAGCAGAUGAAGACAAAAUCAGUCCGUCUCCGUACUUAACCUGUGAGAAUUUCCCAGAGGCUGUGGAACAUAUCCUAAAGCAUCUGCUGUGAGAAAGGGAGUAGUUAGUUUGAAGAAAUUUCUGUUUCACAUAAUUUCCAUUAUUCCUGCUUCAAAAAUAAAGGCCACAGGAUCAGUGCAUGAAACCUACCCAUGAGGAAAGAGGAUUGGUGUGUGGCCCCAGCACAGUCAGGGCAAAGCCCUUUUCCUGUAGUGGUUGCAUGAGGAUGCGAUUAGAGACCUCAGAUACUCAGCAGGUUAGACAGCAUCAGGAAGACUAGAACCAGUACAGCUUGUGUUCAUGAAUGAUGAGGGAACAUGGCACGGUGUUCUGCUUGUUUUUAGCUUUCAAGAAAUAACUGAUUAAAACCUGUCUAAAAUCCCAUCAAGUUCUUGUGCUGAAUUAGCUGUAAAACCUGCUGGAAAUGCCUGAGUAAAUAAAGCAAGAAGACUAACAGAGCCCUAGUCAGCCUAUAGUGCUAACAGCUAGGCCCAUUCUGUGGGUUUUUUUCGUUAUGCCUCUGCUCUGCUGUAAUUUAAAGGUAGAGAUUAUGCACAUCUCGGAGUGACUUUUGUAAUAAUUAUUGUUGAUAUUUUUCUUCUCAUUAGAACAGACACUUUUUUGUUCUUCAAAUUUUGUGUGAAAUUAAAACUUACAGAAUUUUCAGAUGUUUCAACUAGAUGCUGUUAGAACGAAUGGUACAGAAACAAAAAUCUGGUAUUAAAUGGCUUAGAGACUAUGAAUGUUUGAAGUUAGACUUCAGCAGGGUCCUAUUAAUGCUACAGUUGCAAAAUUUCACUAUUGUUGUUUUUUUUGUUCCUUUCUAAUGUUAUGGGAACAAUCCUUUAAAAGCCAUGGGGACAGAUUUGAGUUUUUAUGCAGUUGGUGAGGAGAGCUAUAAAAUGAAAUUUAAUUCUGUAGUAUGUGUUACUUUUCCUAAAUGUGUUAAAUACACCAAUAUGAACCAACUUUGUAAUGAUGGUAAAUAGCUUUUCUGGUCCAUUUGCAAACUGUAAUAAUCAAAGUCCUUUACAUUUGUUUUGCAGUGCUCCUGAGUGUUAAAUUAUUAGAUUGUAAUUAUACAUUGCUGCAGUAUUAACCUUAUUGAAAAUACAGUUUUGUGUUAAUGA